GCGCCGACAACAAGGCGAUCAAAGAACUUGAAUGGGCAAUGCCUUUACACAUGGAGGAAGAAUACAACUUCCCGUGUGCCGUCUUGUCUGAUGAGGCAGCUGCAAGUUCGAUCCAGUCUCUCCGCCUCUCCAGCUGCGCUUUUCACCCCACGUCGUCACUUGGCCACUUGAGAAGAUUGACAUGUUUACAUUUGUCUCUGGUACGCAUUACAGAGGAAGGAUUAUUGCUCUUGCUCUCAAAGUGUUCCGUUCUGGAGCGGUUGGAAAUCUCCCAUUGCAGUGGGAUAAUUUGCUUGCGAGUAGCAUCUACAAUGCAGCAGCUCAAAUACAUAAGUGUUUCAUAUUGCACGAAGCUGCAGGUAGUACAGAUUGAUGCCCCAAAUCUCUGCUCCUUUCACUGUGUUGGGUUCCUGACAGAGAUCUCGGUGACAAAUUCUUCCCAACUUAAGAAUGUAGAUUUGUUAGGCGCUCUCUCUGAUGCUCGCGCCAGGCUUCCAUCCAUCAUAGGAAAUGUUGAGAGCCUUACCCUGCGCUCAUCUUAUUUAGAGAACGUCAAUUUCCCAAUUCCAAUGCUGCCCUCCAAGUUCCCCCACCUCAAGAACAUGGAGAUCGCCCUCCGCUGUGAAGCAAGGGCCUUCCCCAAAAGCCAUGACAUCUUUUCUCUGGUUUAUUUUCUUGAUGCUUGUCCUAUCUUGGAUUCUUUCAUCCUGCGGGUAGAGGAGGGUGCCAUUAGGCCUGAUGCCCCGCCUCAACCAAGAAUGGCCAGUGCCUGCCAAUGA